AAAAAAAUUACAAUUACAAAACACGAAAAAUUACAACUAAUUAUCGGAAUAGGCCCCCUGUGUCUUCUUCCUCAUUUCAAAGUCUCAGAAUAUAUAAAAUACAAUAGUAUAUCUCUGCUAAUAUAGUUUGGGAACAAAAUCAUUAUAUCCUUGACAAAGAAUUUUCUCUUCUUCAAAAUACGAAAAAUUACAACUAAUUAUUGGAAUAGGCCCCCUGUGUCUUCUUCCUCAUUUCAAAGUCUCAGAAUAUAUAAAAUACAAUAGUAUAUCUCUGCUAAUAUAGUUUGGGAACAAAAUCAUUAUAUCCUUGACAAAGAAUUUUCUCUUCUUCAAAAUACGAAAAAUUACAACUAAUUAUUGGAAUAGGCCCCCUGUGUCUUCUUCCUCAUUUCAAAGUCUCAGAAUAUAUAAAAUAUAAUAGUAUAUCUCUGCUAAUAUAGUUUGGGAACAAAAUCAUUAUAUCCUUGACAAAGAAUUUUCUCUUCUUCAAAAUACGAAAAAUUACAACUAAUUAUUGGAAUAGGCCCCCUGUGUCUUCUUCCUCAUUUCAAAGUCUCAGAAUAUAUAUAAUACAAUAGUAUAUCUCUGCUAAUAUAGUUUGGGAACAAAAUCAUUAUAUCCUUGACAAAGAAUUUUCUCUUCUUCAAAAUACGAAAAAUUACAACUAAUUAUUGGAAUAGGCCCCCUGUGUCUUCUUCCUCAUUUCAAAGUCUCAGAAUAUAUAUAAUACAAUAGUAUAUCUCUGCUAAUAUAGUUUGGGAACAAAAUCAUUAUAUCCUUGACAAAGAAUUUUCUCUUCUUCAAAAUACGAAAAAUUACAACUAAUUAUUGGAAUAGGCCCCCUGUGUCUUCUUCCUCAUUUCAAAGUCUCAGAAUAUAUAAAAUAUAAUAGUAUAUCUCUGCUAAUAUAGUUUGGGAACAAAAUCAUUAUAUCCUUGACAAAGAAUUUUCUCUUCUUCAAAAUACGAAAAAUUACAACUAAUUAUUGGAAUAGGCCCCCUGUGUCUUCUUCCUCAUUUCAAAGUCUCAGAAUAUAUAUAAUACAAUAGUAUAUCUCUGCUAAUAUAGUUUGGGAACAAAAUCAUUAUAUCCUUGACAAAGAAUUUUCUCUUCUUCAAAAUACGAAAAAUUACAACUAAUUAUUGGAAUAGGCCCCCUGUGUCUUCUUCCUCAUUUCAAAGUCUCAGAAUAUAUAUAAUACAAUAGUAUAUCUCUGCUAAUAUAGUUUGGGAACAAAAUCAUUAUAUCCUUGACAAAGAAUUUUCUCUUCUUCAAAAUACGAAAAAUUACAACUAAUUAUUGGAAUAGGCCCCCUGUGUCUUCUUCCUCAUUUCAAAGUCUCAGAAUAUAUAAAAUAUAAUAGUAUAUCUCUGCUAAUAUAGUUUGGGAACAAAAUCAUUAUAUCCUUGACAAAGAAUUUUCUCUUCUUCAAAAUACGAAAAAUUACAACUAAUUAUUGGAAUAGGCCCCCUGUGUCUUCUUCCUCAUUUCAAAGUCUCAGAAUAUAUAUAAUACAAUAGUAUAUCUCUGCUAAUAUAGUUUGGGAACAAAAUCAUUAUAUCCUUGACAAAGAAUUUUCUCUUCUUCAAAAUACGAAAAAUUACAACUAAUUAUUGGAAUAGGCCCCCUGUGUCUUCUUCCUCAUUUCAAAGUCUCAGAAUAUAUAUAAUACAAUAGUAUAUCUCUGCUAAUAUAGUUUGGGAACAAAAUCAUUAUAUCCUUGACAAAGAAUUUUUUCUUCUUCAAAAUACGAAAAAUUACAACUAAUUAUUGGAAUAGGCCCCCUGUGUCUUCUUCCUCAUUUCAAAGUCUCAGAAUAUAUAUAAUACAAUAGUAUAUCUCUGCUAAUAUAGUUUGUGAACAAAAUCAUUAUAUCCUUGACAAAGAAUUUUCUCUUCUUCAAAACACGAAAAAUUACAACUAAUUAUUGGCAAAUUAUUUGAAGAGCAAUGGGUGAAAACGAUAGUGGAUUGGACAAUGAAGAAGAAACAAAGGAUUAUGUUGCAGCAAUUAGAUUCUAUAUUGAUACAAACAAAGUGCAUUUCAUAUCUACUUCAAAAAUACAGAAAUUUGAUAUCACUCAUAAAAAAUUUCCAUAUGAUGCAAAUGUGGAAAAUGGAUUGGAUCCUGAAGGAGAAAUUAUUUUUGAACCUGCUAUCAUUUUAGAUGUGUCGGAUGACAAGAAUAAUCUGAUGAAUAAAGAAAAAAGAUGGUUGAAGCCUACAAAAAGGCGCAGUGUUGUACUAUACGAGUUAGCUAAAAAGGCUGAAAAGGCUGACAAAUCAAAAAAAAGUACAAAACCUGUUCUUUCAUUGAACUCUACAGAUAAAGACGUACCUCCUUCUAUAAAUUAUGCUAACGAUAAUGUGCAUAAAAAGCUUUUGUUUACUAACAAUUUGGAAUUUGAUGAUGAUGAAGAUAAGGAUCAAAUUAUUGAAAAUCUUCGAAAUCAACUCAAAGAGCUACAAGACAAAAAUAAGUCAGCAAAGAGUGCUAUGCCCGUUGAAGUCAGAAACAAUGAGAGUAGUCCGAGAGGCAAGCAUUCCGUACCAGUUUGCUCUGAAACUAUUGUAAAUCCCUGUACAGUUGUUUUAACCACAUUAGAAGCUGAAGGGCAUUCCGGGAAUAAUAUGCAAUUAUCUAUUAAAUCACCUCCAUCCAAAUGUUUUGCAAGAGCGUCUACAUCACGUUUUGUCGAGAAAGAACAUUAUUAUUCAGACGAAGAAAACGUAAAAGUUCAAAAGAAAAAUCGAGCUCAAUAUUCAGGAUUGAAAAGAAAAGCCUCAAGAUCAAUACACAAUCAAACAUCAGAAACAGCUACUUCAUCAAACAGUUUAAAGCCCUCUUUUCAUGAAGAUAUGGACAACAUUAUCGAAUAUAAAGAAGCAAUUCCAAAAAAGAUGUCCAAAGAGAAAUCUAAACGAGAAUUUAGAUUGAGAACUGAAAAAAAUGAAUCAAAAUUUAUUCGUAAGGAAGUUAAAAAAGAUGCUGCUGGCAACAAAAAUGCUGAUGCUAACAAGAAGUAUAAAAGAAAGAUUAAAAAGAUACAAUAUGAUACCGAUGAUUAUACUAAAUCUGAUUUAAUACAGAGAGAGAAAUUGACUACUUGGGAAAAAGGAGCAACUGAUGGGCAGCCUAAAAUGACCAUGUUUCAUUUACAUUACGGUGUAUCUAUUCCACGAAAAGCUUGGAGAAAGGCUAAAAAAGCGUCGUCCAGCUACAAGUUUAUCCGUGAACUGUACCCACACUUGUGGAAACUACAUGAAUUUGUUAAGCUGGCUGUACAAAUUGAUAGAACAAAAGAUACGAAUGGUAGAGAACCAAUAGACUCUAGACUCUUUGAAGCUCUCAAAAAAAGUUAUGUACAAUAUUUAUUCCAUAAAGAAAUUAUCACACAAGAAAUGUCAACAAAACAACAAGCAAAGCACAUUAACAAAUUUGGACGAUUUUUUGGAACUGUCAUUGCUCAAGAAAGAGAAAAGUUCUUUAGAAUAAACAGUCGACAGGAUUCUGGAGAUGAUUUAUCUGAGAGUGGGGACCUAGAAGUACAAAAUGAAGAAGAAAACAAAUCUGAAAAUGAUGAUUGGUCAGGCAAUGAAGCUUCUGAAGAUGAAGAUGAUUAAGUUAUAUUAUUGACGAUUAUAAUUUUUUGUUCUGUUUUUUACUAAACUAUUUCUUUUAUUUAUAGUAUUUAUUACUUAGCUUUAACUUGAUACAAUUUUAUUUGUAAUAGGUAUAAGAAUUCAAUGUCUUCCUAGAAGUAAUGUUUUAAUUUAAGUAUUAACUAAAAACGUUUUAAGAGUUUAUUAAUAUAUCUUACAUUACGAUUACCUUAAUUUGCAAUAAUUUGCCUUUGCAAUAUUAUUCAUGAAUCAUUCUAAACUUGUGCAUGUAAUGUAUUUAAAAUUGCUUUCGUUGCAAGAUAACUUUUC